AUGGCUCUAAAUAUUAUAACGGAACAAUUUUUUUCAGAUCCCAAGGAAUGCCCACUUGGUUGGACUUAUUUAUCAAAUCAGUGCAUUAAAAUAUAUCCUCAAGCGUUUGACGCUGAUAGAGCUUCUAUUAUUUGCCAAAACACUGGAGCCAUAUUAUUGACGCUAAAUGAAGAUGAUGAAAUGUUCAAUGAAAUGUUCAAAGAUACCGUCGAUCUACUUAAUGAACAUUAUGAAAAAGGCCUUCAUAUAACGACUUGGUUGGUGCAAAGUGAUGGAGAAUCGAUCAAAGGUAUUAGCUACGAUUUUUUUAAAAAUGCCUACGAUACGUCUUCAGUACGAUUUAUGAAUUUACAACGAAUGCCAAAUGGGAUUUAUGAAAUGUAUGCAUUCAAAUCAAUUCAAUUAUUUUUACUUCCAAACAAAUUGAAACAUUUUUUCCUGCCUUCCAUUUUGGAUGAUUAA